AUGGCAGCUAACUUUUGGGAGUCCUCUCACGGGAGACAUUGGCUACUGCAUCGAUCUACUGUAUUGCAAGCCAAACGUGAAGAUUUCCUAUACAUUACUGACCGGGAAUUGGUCAAAUUGAACCUACAUUACACGAAUUAUUUGCACAAGCUGGGCAAGAAGCUUGGUGUACGCCAGCAGGUGGUGGCUACUGCCUAUGUCUACUUUAAGAGAUUCUUCAUCAAGAAUGCAUUCAGGAAUACAGAUCCGUUGCUGGUGGCAGCAACAUGCAUGUAUCUGGCAUGCAAGAUUGAAGAAUGUCCACAUCAUAUCAAAAAUGUUGUGGCGGAAAUGAGAAAUGUCGUCAAUGAUACCCAGAUAGAUGGUACCUUCCCAUAUGACGCUAGCACAAUCGCGGAGUUUGAGUUCUACUUGAUGGAGGAUUUAGACUUUUACAUGAUUGUCUACCAUCCAUAUCGUCCAUUGACACAGUACUUGAAACAACUCGGAAUCGAGAAAUCAUGUCUGCAGGCAGCAUGGUUUAUAGUCAAUGACGCAUUCAAGACAGAUGCAAUGCUGCUAUACCCACCACACAUGAUAUCCCUCACAGCCAUAUUCAUGUCGUGCGUCAUGAAUGAAGAGCACGUGAAACAGGAGAAACCUCAACUGGACGUUCGCGCCUUCUUCUCCGAUUUGAAUAUUAAUAUGGAAGAGAUUGCUUGCAUCACUCAGGAGAUCUUAGACCUGUGGCAAGUUUGGGCAGAGUAUGAUGAUGCUCAGAUUAAACCUAUAUUGGACAAGUUGAGAGCUCUGGAAGCUCCUCCACCGGCAAUAACCUCAUCUGCACCGUAA